UAGUUUACAGUUGUAAAAACACGGUGCGGCAGUUGAGAAUUCAUUCAUAAGAAGAGAGGCAAACGAAUGCAAACAGAAACACCUACAUAACUGACGUCACCACCGUGUUUAUGAAUGAUUUCUUUUUCCAUGAAUGAAUGAAUGAACAAAUCGAUAACGAUACGCCACCAUCCGUAUAUUGGUUCUUCGUCACAGACUGUCUAGCAUGAUAGACGAGAGAAAGAGAAAGAAAAGCAGAGAUACGAGAAAGAGAAACAACAGACUACACUGCGCAUGCUCAGACCUAAAGCCGCUUACCAUAACGUAAUUGUAAAAGUGUCACUUGACAAGGAUUGUGAUACAAGUGAAAGAAAGACAUAACGAGAUUGAGUAAGAUAUGAUACUAAAAUGGCAUUUUGAUUUAGAAAGGAAAACCGUUUUCCAACUAGUGCCAUUACAGUGUGUAUAUUUACGGUGUAUAUACAGGAAGAGAAACGAAUAGCCAAAUUAAUUUGGAAAACAACGCAGGAAAAGGAAGAAAGAUACCUACCAUCAGGUGACGUUUGAUUGGAAAACACAGAAAGACAAUAACACAGACAUCGGCAAUUUGUUACAUUUAGCCUAUCCAGAUGAAGAUGCAGAUGGGAAUCAUUUGCAAAGACUGCGAAGAAGUGGUCAGUUUAAGACCAUCAACAUGUACCAGUGCCAUUUGUCAUCAGUGUCAUACUACAAGAAUUGAAAGACGGGAAACUAUUUUGGAAAUAUUCCAAACUGAAUUGAAUUAUGGUCGUGAUUUGAAGAUUCUAUUAGUGGAAUUCUAUGGUCCCAUCAAAGAAGCUGGUCUUAUCAACAACCAACAACUGACAGAAUUGUUCUUGAACUUGGAAGAGCUGGUGGACGUUAAUGAGAACUUCAUUGAGCAGUUGAACCGUGUCUUGAACAGUUCACCUCUUCAUAAUGAUAAGGAGGUUGACUGUGUUAAUAUUGGUCAAUUGUUCCAAGAAUCAAUCCAUAUGUUCAAGGCCUUUGAGAAAUAUUGCGUCAAACAGAGUGACGCCAUGGACCUACUGGAGAAAUUAGAGACAGAGAACGACAUUCUGCGAGCGUUCCUGCAAGUAACACAGGCUGAGAACACUACAGUUCGUCGCAUGAGUCUAAAGUCAUUCCUUAUGGUUCCUGUUCAAAGAGUUAUGAAGUAUCCAUUAUUGUUAAAUCGAUUGUACAAGUCAACUCCUCAGCACCACCGGGAUUCCAUUCCGCUUCACGAAUCAUUAGUUGGCUUAGAACGAAUUUUGGAAGAGAUUAAUGCUAAAAUCCAAGGAACUAAUACUCUGAGACUAACUCGCAAACGGUCGGAGCUAAGACGACACAGUUCUUCUGACAAGUUCGAGCUCAUCAAGACUGCUCUCAGUCAUUUGAAUUGGAGCCAAGAGGAGAUUCAUGACAUACUAGUCAGUUCUUUACUGACCACUCAACCACAAGAUCAUUUCUGGACUGGGAAAAAAAUCAGCAACUUGAAGUUUUCUCAGAUACACGCUGUCCUUUUAACACGUGGAGAGCCUCAGCCAGAAAGUAGCAUUACCAAGAAGUUACUCUUUACUCAGCAGUCUCCCAUUCAACAAGCAGCCUUGGUCACACUUCGCUGCAAAGGCAGUAGAUACCAACUAGUCCGGGAACCCCUGUUUUUGGACAAAUGUGUCAUAACUCUAAAUUCAGAAUUGUCUGAAAAUAUAUUUGAAGUCCAAGAUUGGAACAAAGAAACUUACUUGUUUAAGGGAGAAGACGACAAAGAAACCAAACGAUGGGUUGAGCACUUGAAGAGGUUGAGUCGAAACCUUGGUGUAUUUUGGAGACGUCGAAACGCCCUCCCAGAUAUUAAUAGCAACAGCAAAGGGUAGUUGUUCGUAAUGAAAUCUUUUCCAAACGCUAAAAAGAAUAUUUCCAAUUCUUUGUAUGUUUGUUUGCUGCUUCCGAGCAGAAAACAUCAUUCAACUAUAUUCCCUGUACGGACAGUUGCUUGUUGAAAGUUAAAUGAAGCGGACCGCUGCCUUCAAACUGAAAGACAAAAGAGAAAAAAAAAUCAGAAAAUAUUUCUGAAGUGCCAGGUUUAGUCGAUGUUAACGAAAUUUUGACACUAAAUCUACGCUGGUUUCUACUUGUUUUUAUGAUUUGCUCUAAACUAGCCAUUCGAUUGAACAGCUUUGUUGAUAAGAAGGAAGUCACCCUCAGUGAACAGCUUCAACGACACGGCACGAGAAUACACGCAGCCGGCACAAAUACUAGAUCAGUUAUAUUUUCUGAUAUUUAAAACGGCGUUGUUAUUUACAGUUGUGAUAUCCAGCAUUGGGGAUAUACAAUACGUAGAUAUCUCAUCUGAGAUUAUUAGAACAUUGAAAUCAUUUUAAAUUACAAAAUGGAGGAACUAUUUUCAAAAGGAGAAAAUGUGGAGGGAAUUUGAACUUUUGAUGAAAAACAUUCGGAAAGAAGAAUCUAUAUUGGUUAAAUAUAUGUUAACCACCUCAAACGUACACAUUUUAUACUUCUACUCCCUCCUCAGGGAAUCUUUUAAAAAUCCUACAUAGGCUUGGUUGUGGAAAAAAAACAAAUUGACUCGUAUAAAACUCAUAUAUAAACUAGUGUAGCAAAGAAAUGUGUGUAUUUCUUUCUGAAGCCUUCUUUCUCGUUUUUGUUUUUAAAUUCGUUAUAUCAGACGAAAAAUCAUAUUUUGAGUGAGAGAAGCGUUGAUGUUAUUGAAGAUAGCUGAGGAAGCUAAUCUUGACCGAUUUGUGGCCGAAGAAACUUCCACGGAUGAUAUUUAUAUAUUAUUUUGUCUCACCUUAUGCCACUGCCACAGACCUCUUAUCCCUGACCUCUACAAUUUGGCUACUGAUUUCAGUUGCAAAGAGGAUAGAUCGCACAUUUUUAACAUUCCUGUAUUUUUUGUGAUUGCAUAAUUGCGUAAAUAACUUGCCUUUAGUUACAAUCCACUGAUUUAAGGUGAGAGAGGAGAGCUGAGAUGGAAGCGUCAAUGUUUUUUUUUAUUGGCUUUUAUUUUUAAUUUUAAUUCAGUAAUAUCUCUUUUUAUUUUUUUUUUUUCCUUUUUAUUUCUUUUAUCUCCCCCUACCUUAAUUAAUUUUCAAGAGGCUGGAUUUUUUUUCCUUUUACAAUUUAAUAGCUAAAGCAUACAAAAGCUUUAAUGUCUUGCCUGACAAUUUUCUACCGAUGUGCUGUUAUGUAUGUGCGGGAGUGGGGAGUGGGAUGACGUGAGGAGGAAUCGCACAAACACUGUAAUGAUGGAAGUGAAUGAAAUCAGAGAUAGAAAUUUGAUGGAAUAUGGGAGAAUCAGCCACGGUACGCCAAUUUCUGUGAUGGUAAAAACUUAUUGGUUAUGAGGGACGAGUAAAUGAUGAGGAGGGGGAGGAUGAUGAUGACGAAGACGAUGAUGAAAUAAUUACAUUUGUUUUAUGAUACCAAAUCAAUAUCGCACAUUAUAUUUCUUAUUAUAUGUAUUUCGAGUGGAGUUCAUGUUAUUGUUUUUGUUCGUUUGUUUUUUUUUUGGGGGGGGGUUGAGAUUUUGAAUUUUUUUUUAAUGCUAAUAUGCUUGCACAGAUACGUAUAUAUCUAGAACGAUACAACUUCAGAGAACUAUAAACCAUAGAAAACUCUACAACAAUGCACAUAUUUGCAAAUGCGUGACAAUUAUACAUACACGCUUGUAUAUUUACAAGUAGACGCGCGCACACGAACUUAUAUAUGUAUAUUAUAUAUAUA